UACUAAGUCAGAAAGGAGCAUAUGUCAACCAAGCAGGCACAGUGCAACACAGUUUGUUACCUCAGUCCUCAUUGUUUCUACGUGUCAAAGUUGACAGCUUUCUUUGCCUUUCUUCAUUAGAAUGGACAGUGCUUUUGAUAACGUGGAUGCAGCUGGUUUCCUGGAAAUCUGGCAACACUUCGAUGCAGAUGAUAAUGGCUACAUCGAGGGCAAAGAACUUGAUGACUUUUUUCAUCACCUGAUGAAGAGACUGGGUCCGAAGGAGAAAGUGACAGCAGAGAGAGUCCAGAGGCUGAAGCAAAGGUUUAUGUCCGCCUAUGAUGUCACUGCUGAUGGGAAACUACAGAUUCAGGAGUUGGCCAACAUGAUCCUCCCUGAAGAUGAGAACUUCCUGUUAGUUUUCCACAGAGAAGCUCCUCUGGACAACAGUGUUGACUUCAUGAAGAUCUGGAGGAAGUACGAUGUUGACAGCAGCGGCUACAUAUCAGCUCUGGAGCUCAAAGCUUUCCUGAAGGAUCUGUUUCAAAAGCAUGACAAGGAAGUGUCAUCUGAUAAGCUGGAGGAGUACACAGACACAAUGAUGAAAAUCUUUGACAAAAACAAGGAUGGCUGUUUGGAUUUGAACGACUUGGCCAGGAUCUUGGCUUUACAGGAGAAUUUCCUGCUCCAGUUCGAAAUGGAUGCCUGCAGUAAAGAGGAGAGAAAGAAAGACUUUGAGAAGAUCUUUGACCAUUACGAUGUUAGUAAGACCGGAGCGCUGGAGGGUCCCGAGUUGGACGGCUUUGUCAAAGACAUGAUGGGGCUGGUCAGGCCCAAUCUCACGAGCCCCGAGCUGGACAAGUUGAAAGGCAUUCUGCUGCGUCACUGUGACGUCAACAAGGACGGAAAGAUUCAGAGAAAUGAGCUGUCUCUGUGUCUGGGAGUCAAACCUAAACAUAGUUAAGAGAGCUGUAAUGUUAUGAGAUUGUAUCAUGACAAACUGACUCUGUAUCCGUUGUAAAAUCAACAGUGAGGGAACAUUGUGUUUUGAUCCAUAUCAGUCUAAUUACUGGCUUUUUUUAAGGUCAAUAUUCAUAAAGAGUCAUUUGAUCCUGACACUUAUAAAAACACAAUUUGAUACUGUGUGAUGAAAAAUAAAUUAUAGGCUUGAAAAUGCAUGUUUGUAGAAAAAAAAAGAGAUGUGAAUGUCUUUUUGGCUAAAAUGACUGCGCUUAAGAGUUGUGGUAUAUGAAUCAAUUUUUUUAGUAAGUAAACAAUGUUUUCCAUUGUAAUAUAGAGGGUUUUUCUUUUAGUUUGGUGCUCGUGUUUGUUGGCAGUUGCUGACUUUCAGCCAUCUGCAUGUUUUCCUGUCAAAGUAGGCUAAAUGAAGUAUAUUAUGAUGUUGUAAUUUUAAUAUAAAUGCAUUGCAGAAGAAAUAAAGUGAUGAGCAUAUUGA